AUGUCUCAAGAAAACCCCGAUGUGCUUUUCAAGGAGGAGCGGAGCGAGCUCCUCGAGGGGAGCCUGAGUGACCACCUGAGCGAGUUCAAGAAACGGGAGCACGUUUACCUGGCUUGCAUCUCCUCCCUGGAAAAGGAAAUAUGCCACACGCACACCUACCUUAACGAAUGGAGGAACAUGCACAUGUACGAAGACGAGGAGGGGAAGGCCCAAAAGGACGACAUGGUGAACAUCAACUCACUUAGGAACCUGCUAAUAGACCCCUCGAUCAAUUUGGAAAUAAAAGAAUUGAGGCAAAAAAUUUAUGAAGUAACGAGGAAAUGGCAUCUUGCAGAAGAAAAGUUACAAGGGUUUAAUUUUGACGCACAGGCAACGGCGGGUCAAAGACUUAUAAGUAAGUGUAAAAAGUUACAAGACGAAAAUUAUGAACUCGGGAAAACACUGGAAGAGAAUACCCUGCAACCGCUCUCCAUACAAAUAAUUAACAUGAAAGAGCAAAUGCUUUUUUAUAAAAAUGAAUUGAAAAUAUUAAAAGAGUUGAAUGCAGACAUUGAUGAAGAUAAUGAGUUGUUAAGUCAGCAGUUGGGAGAGCUUUCGAAAAAGUAUACACAGAUUAGUAAGGAGAAAGCGGAAUUGGAAGAAAAAAAUGUUAAACUGAAAAACCACGUCAGUGCUCUGCAGCAAAAGUUGAAGGCGCAAAAUCACCCCCAGCAGGGCGACAGCCUCGGGGAUGUGGAUAGGAGCAGUCAUGGCGGGAACAGUCGAGGUGCAAGUCCACGUAGUAGGAGCCAUCGCAGUAGGAGCAGCCAUACCUACGGGAAAUACACAGCGGAGCGCCGCCACGAUACGUACUCCUCCCGGAACACGUCCCCCCGCAACAACCGAAGAGGUAGCCGCAAAGUUAGCCAAGCCAACUACGAGGACAGCCACCGGGCCGCAGGAGGUUACUCCAAGUAUAGACCAGACGAUGCGCACAGCAACUUCCGCGACGAUGAAGAGGAGGAUGUGUGGAGGCAGGGUUACAAAAGAAGUGACUCUCAUCUGAGAGAACGAAAAAGCAACGCCCCCGAGGAUGACCACCGUACGUACUAUAAUGACGACAAUUACAGGAAGAGGAGUUCGCAUGACAGCAGGGAAAGAAAGUACAGGAAACUGGACCGCCACCACCACAGGGAUAGGAAGGCGGACAGGGAAAGGGAAAAAGACAGGGACAGAGACAAGGAACGGGAAAAGCAUAAGCUGAAGGAUAAGGACAGGAGCCGCAAGGAACGCGGCCGCGAACAGGACAAGGAUAAGGAGUCGGAAAGGGACCGAGAUAGGGAUAGGGAUAGGGAUAGAGACCGCGAACGCGAGCGGGACAAGGCCAAAGACAGGACCAAAACGAAAGAACGCGAAAAGGCGAAAAACAAGCACAAAAGCAAAAAUAAGGAAAAGGGAAAAGGGAAGGGAAAGAGAGACGAAAACUACGACAGCAGUAAUUACUCAGAACCGAAGAGAAGACCUCCCAGGGAUCAUGGUGAUGACCGUCGGGACCAUUCCAGGGUGGACAGGUUCGACCACUCCAACGCGUCUCACAAUGGGGAUGCCGAUGAUAAGGCAAGCGAGUUCGACCGCUACGUGUACCUGCACAAGUGA